ACCACUUAUCUCGAGGCUCAGACUUUUCUGUCUCUCAGAUGUGACUCCGUUCACGGUAUUGCGAUCACAGACAACGAUUCCGGCAAUAGUGGGGUUCGUGGAUUCGGAGGUUUCAAGAAGAGGUGGACUUGUCGUGUAAUCAACAAGCUGCUACCAUAAUCAGCGCACAGUCUUUGCAUGACAAGAAGUUUCGUCGCCGGAAUAUCUACAAAGUACUGGUGAGCGCUGCGAAAGAUGAUGGCCCAGCCUUUUCCCGCCCAUGCGGGAAUGGCUCCUGGGCACCCGGGUAUGCCACAUGGUCAUCCCAUGGCAGGUAUGCAGCACCCUGGCGGUCAUAUGGGAGGUCAACCAGCGCCCGGCAUGAUGCAAGGGAUGCAUCCAGGUGUAUCAGGUCCUCAGGUUACCCAAGGCCCAAUGGUGACUGGUAUGCCCCCAGGUGCAGGAACACCGGCGCCAGGACCCAUGCAUAAUGGCACCAUGGCCAUGGCGCAUUUGGGACCGCAACAAGCCAUGUUUCAGCAACAUAAUCCUCAGAUGAAUUUCGGACAGAUGCAGAUGACGCCACAAACCCAGCAGAUACUCGCUCGGCAACGAAUGAUGCAGAUGCAAGCUCAGCAACAACAGGGUAUGCCAAUGGCCAUGCCAAAUGGGCCAGCAGGCUUUAAUCAAGCGCAGUUGGCACAAAUGAAAAUGAACAUGCACCCUCAGAUGCAAAUGCAGAUGAACCCGAACAAUCCCCAUAUGCAAAAUUACCAACAACAACAGCAUCAACAACGCUUGAUGCAGGCUCAACAAGCUCAGGCAGCUCAACAUGCCGCUCAAAUGGCUGCCGCGCAGAGCCACCGCGCCGCCGCCCAGCAGAUGCAGAUGUCGAGGUCACAGGAGCAAACAACUCAACCGCCUCAAUCUCAACCCACCCCAGCCCCUCAACCUCCAGCGCCGGUACAAGCUCCUCCGACAUCACAGCCUCAGCAACAGGCUCCCCAGCCUAAACCUCAACCACCGCAAGCGCCACCUCAAAACAAUCAACAGCAAAGUCAACCAAGCAGUCAGCCGGUGAAAACUAGUGAACCUGAAGAGGAGCCGCAAAUCAAACAACAGCCGGAUUUGCCUGCCACCAUGAUGAUGGCCGACGCACCAAAACAGGAUUUCCUCGGGGGUCAGUGUAUUCUGCAAUUGAUCAUGUAUCAGGACAAUCUUGCAAAUCCCGAACGGCCUUACGAGUUAGAAUAUUGGGAGCAGACCAUUGCGAGAUACUUUUCGCAGUUUGGAUCCAUGAGGCAACAACUGUUUAGCAACAAGAACGGUGUCGACAAAUCAUUCCAGUUGCAAUUUCCCUCUCUAGCGCGUUACUAUCACACGCAUUUUGCAAGCGGAGUGAGACAGAUCCUGCUACAGUCAUACGACCACAAUCAAAACAAACUACCAAAUGGCGGCGUCCACAUUUGGAGCACCAACGCAAGCUUGACCUACGUCUUUGCGAAUGAUAUUCGAGUGACCACGACAGGGCAACUUCGUGUGAUAUUUGAUGAAUAUCAGAAAAUUGACCAUCUAAACAUUAGUACGUCUGGGUGGCAAGAAUACAUACCACGAAAUGCCUUACUGCAAUCUCCGUCCCUCGAAGAGAAGCAGAGCCCGAAGAUCAACAAGAACGUCAAGCGUGCCCAAGGCAAAGCUGCCGGAGUAACGCAACCCAUCAUCCCUAGUUCAGGCGUGGGCGAAUGGGGGGUCCCGAACCAUAUUUUCCAGUUUCUGGAGAUUGCAGAAGUUAUGACAGCUAUGGGACCACUGAUGGAAUACUUUCACAUGCAUCCUGGUGUCGGUCCGAAAGAAUCAUUGAUACGGGUCACCCAGGAAAACGCACAGAAUAUGGCUCAAGUGAACAAUGCCCGAUUACAAAACCAGAUGGCAAGAGCCGCCAACGGGCAAGUGCCAUUUCCCAAUCAGAUGAAUCCUGGCAUGAAUGGUCCUACAAUGAUGAACUCCCCGGCCAUGGGACAUCUUGCAGUUCCACAAGCUCAAGGUUCGCCGAUGAUGGGCGGUCCCGUCCAUACACCGAGCCCUGCACAGAACCCGGCCGCGGGCGGUGUUGCAAUGAUGCACCAGAUGAGCGCGCAAGGCUCGAAUCUCAGCGGUAGUCAAGGUCCCAGUACCAAUACCAGCCCCAACGUUUCCAACAAAAGGAGGCGUGCCAGUGCCGUGAAGAUGGAGGACGACAAUGCUGUGGAGACAAGCGGCGCCAACAAAGUCAAACCAAGCCCCAAGAUCGGCGGCAAAAGGCAAAAAGGUGCAUAGGGGCAGAGUUCUGUCGGGGAAUGACUGCAGUC